UGCCAUACCAUGUCCCCAAGUUGUGUUUUUUUCAACCCCCAUCGGUUCUUCUAUCUUUUUGAAUCUUUUUUUUUUUUUUUUCUUUUUUAAUUUCUUUCUUUCAACACCCUGCUUGCAUCUUGUCUUCCAUUCACCACACCUCGACCAUCAUCACUACGACCACCGCCACAACGACGACAAUCAGACAAUCUAUGAGGAAUACAUACCCAGCAGUGAACACGACAUUGCUACCUAGGGCCUGCCGCCAUAAUGGUCCAGCCGGGCGUCGAGGGCCUGGGUACGCCGCGCACCGCCGUCGGUGACGCGACUUUUCUCGACCGCCAACCCGACUUCGACUUGUCCCAAGAGCUCUCCUUCCACUCGCCCUCCAAAGAUGCAAACAUUGCCCAGCAACUCCGGAAUGGCAACCGACCGAGCCUGUCGACACCACGGGGUACCCGCGCUCCCUUCACGAACCGGCGCAAUGUCCAAGCCAACGGCAACACCAACGUGGGCGGUCCAGAAUUCACACCCCUCCUCAAAUCAGCCACGAGAAACAGUGCAAGGCGCCUGCCCGGCAAGGAGAACGGCCGGACGACACCGAAUUUUCUGGAGAGGAUCGACGAGGAUAUCACGCCGUUGCCCAAGCUCAACACCUCGGUUUACAGCUCCCAUACACCUUUACCCAACGAUGCGACCGUUUCCAGUACAGAAGUGACGACACCCAUCACCAUAAGGCGGCGAGGUGGCACCAAGGGUCCUCUCGACGACGGCAACCAACUGUCACUGCGUGAGCAAGAGAACGUGGUCAACAAGAUUGAAAAGGAAAACUUUGGGUUGAAGCUCAAGAUUCACUUCCUAGAAGAGGCGCUUCGGAAGGCAGGACCUGGCUUCAGCGAGGCUGCGCUCAAGGAGAAUACGGAGCUCAAGGUUGACAAGGUUACCAUGCAGCGAGAACUGCAGCGUUACAAAAAGACCCUUAGCACGGCGGAGAAGGACCUCGAAAAGUAUCGAGCCCAGAUGAUGGAAAUGCAAGAGAAGGCGGCCAAGAAAUUUUCAGAUGGGAACCAGCGUGCCGAACUGGACCGCUUGCGCCAGUUGGUGGAGGAGAAGGAAGCCGAGAUACGGCGCCUUCAGCAACUGCUCGAGCAGGGCCAGGGCGAGAACGAAAAACUUGAGGAGCUACAGGAGCACAUUGAGGAAGAGGCAGAGGAGUUGAGGGAGAAGGCCGCUGAGUUUGAAGAACAACUAAAAGAGGCUCAGGUGCGAAUCGCCGAAUUGGAGGACAAGGCAGCCUCUAGCGACGUGCUACGGGAAGCCCAGGAAACCAUCGAGGAUCUUCAGCACGAUGUGAGGCGUCUCGAGCAGCAGCUGGACGACAUGAAGGACAAGGCGGAGGAGGCCAUUUCACAGAAGGACAGGGCGGAGGCGGACCUGCAAGAGCUGCAGAAUGAGAUGGCGAACAAGUCGGUCAUUACCAAGGGCCUUUCGCGGCAGGUUGAGGAAAAGGUUGCCCGCCUACAAAGCGAACUGGAGACUGCUCGGCAAGAAUGCGUGACGGUAGCACAACAGCGCGAUGCGCAAUCCGCCCAGGUUGAGAACCUCAAGUCGACCCUUCGCCAAGUGCAGCAGGAGCGGCAGUCACUCGAGCAAACCCGCGCAUCCAUGGCAGCUAGGCUGGAACGAGGGCAGGCGCAACUCGAUCAGCUUUCCAGCGAAAAGCAACUUUUGCAGGAGCGUCACGAUGCCAUGGCAAAUGAGUCCGCCUCUUUGCGACGCGAAAUGUCCGGAUUGCAGACUGCAGUCUCAGCGCUCGAACUGAAUAUGGAACGCGAACGGCAGAAUGCGCUGAAUAUCGAACAGAACAUCCGGGCACAGUACAAAGACGAGAUGGACCGUCUAAACAACCAUGCCCUCAGUGUCGAACAGAAUCUUCGGGCUCAAUACGCCGAGGAGAUGAAGCGACUGAACAAUGAAAUCUCGGAUCUCCAGGCCGAGUGCCGCGAAAAGGAUAAUCUGUACGAUAACGACAGUGAGAAGUGGGAAGCUGAGCGUCGAAAACUCGAAGCGGAGUUGAACAGGGCCCAGGAGCGGGCUUCUGGCCUCCAAGUGUCACUUGAUCAGCUGCGGCAGACGGAAGGGAACCUGUCCAACAAGGAGGCAAGGCUACAGCACGCUCUUCAGCUGGAAAAUGAGCGGCACAAGAGAGAAGAGGCACUUCUGAGCCGGCAAAUCCAAGAACUGCAACAGAACCUUCAAUCUCGUCAAGCAAUGCUCGAGGACCUCCGAAAGGAAAUGCGCCAAGUGCAAGACCAACAUCGCCAGACCCAGCUGGAUUAUCAAGCGCAAACGGACAAGAUUGCGGCGUUGGAGGAUGAAGUAGAGGUUCUGCAAGCUGCUCUGGAUGAGGAGUCUGAGAGAGCUGGCCAGGACCUCGAAAAACUACAAGAAGAAUGCAUGGAUCUGAAACAGAAACUUGCCUCUGCCCAGGCCACAUCGAGUGCUGCCAGAGCUUCGAUGAAUACCUCGAAUUCCAAUGCUCCGACGUACAAUGAAAGUCAAGCGAGUCUAAGAAUCCAGCUGGCGGAUGCCAACGAGAAUCUAGCCCGCAUCAUGAAAGAGCAGAAAAUGCUACAAGAACGGUACAACAAUCUUGAUGCCGAGGCGCGUUCACUGAGGAUAAACCUAUCCCACGCCACGGCAGAGCGUGACGAAUUAGAGGCGGAGCUUCAACAGCAUAGGGACCAAGGUCCUGAUCAGGACACAUUCCAGCUUGACCAGGAGAAGCUUAAUUUGCGCUCUGCGAAGACAAGGCUGGAUAAUGAAAUCCGUAGGUUAAGAGAAGAAAAUCGGUCCCUGCUUGAGCGACAGCGCUCGAUGCAGAAAUCGCUCGAAGAAGAGAUUGAGAAGGCGUCUGCUGAAGAAGAGCGCCUCAACCAGGAAAUUCUUCAGCUCCAAGCCAAGGUUCGCGAUUCGUCAUCGUCUGCGCCGGGAGAGCUGGUGACAGCUCGUCGAACUAUUCGCGAACUCGAGCGCCGCAUUGCAGAAUUCGAGACACAGCAGGCCACUUCUUCUCUGUUCCCUAAUCUUGGCGGAGCUGAAGGCAAUCAUGAAAUCUCCCUCCUGCAACGCGACCUCACUGCUGCAAGGAAGAAGGAGAUUGAGCUUCUUCAACGCGAGGCCGCCCAAAAGGAGACGAUCAAGUUGCUCAAGCGACAAAUCGCUGAUCUGGAGCGCAGAGUCCAUGAAGCGACAAUCAGCAAACUUGCAGUGUCUCCUUUGUCCUCCCAUGGCGGCGACUCCGCCCAAAAGAAUGAGAUCUCGGAACUUCGGCAGCAAUUGACCACAGCACAUCAGUCUAUUUACGACUUGAAGACAGCUCUCCGCGAAGCCGAGCGCAAGGUCAGUACCUCAGCGGACGAACUUCAAAGACAAUAUGAAGACCUCGAAGAUGAGAAGAUGGAACUGGAGCAGCUUCUUGAUGAGGCGCAAAUUGCCGCUGAAGAGGCCCAACGGGCACAUGAACAGGCCCUCAAAAAGUACAAGCAGCGGAGCGAGAAGUACAAGAGUGAACGCGAUGGCCUCGUGGCGGCUUCCCUCGAGGACCAAAAGCGGCGGGCUAACAAGCUCGGCAAACACCACCCAGCUGAUCUCGACAAUAGCCUCUCAAGCGAUGUCUCCAUGUCUCUCGGCGAGCGUCGCGACCUGCACAACAUGCUGAAGGAGUCACAGCUCGCUGCUGAUAAGCUUGAUCGCGAGGUAAGGGAGUACCGUGAGGCACUAGAGGAGAUGAUGGCUAUAGAGGUUGCCUUGCGCAAAAAGCUCGAGCGGGCGAGAAGCGAGCGAGCUGCAUACAGGGCUAGCGCAGAGAAGCUACAUCGAGACGUCAAGACACUCACAUACGAAAAGGAAAGGGCUGUCAGGGAAGCUAAAGUGGUGGUCAACGAAGCUGUUAAGGAGAUCGCAAAGGCUAAGGGUCACGACCCAAAGGCACUGGUAUAUACCCCCAAGGCUAAAAUUGCUGAUGGGACGUUUGACACGGAUACGGAAGCCAUCAUCCGCGCGGCGGAGGCGGCGGAAAGGAGGCACGAGAAGGAGAUCAGGGGACUGGUUAUGCAAAUGGAGUGGAUGAAGGCAUGCUGGGAUCGCGAAGCAAGGUUGAGAAAGGAUGCAGCGUUUGCCAAGAGGUAUCUGACGUUGGAGGUCCAAAUCCGCGAUGCUUGCAACAAGGCAGAUCUAGCAAUCAUCAACCGGAUUCGCGCCGAACUAGGAGCCAACAACAACCCCUCUUCCCGCAAGGCCCUCGGUCAACUCUCUUCCAUCAAAAAGACCCAACAGCAACACGGCCUCCUCACACCCCCUGCGAGUUCGAAGAAACAGCAACCAAGGCCGCGCCCUGGAAAACUCCUCAAGAUGGCACUUACGGCCGUCCGAUUCGUUGUCCGGAUGCGAAUCGAGGCCAAGAAGUUUGCAGAAAAUGACAAAGUGCGCCAGCGCCUUGCCGAUUGUGUGGAGCAGAUGGAGCGCGAAGAUCGAAUCCGUCAAAUGCGCGAUCAGUGGAGGGCGAAGCGGGCCGGGCCCUUAGGCUCUUCGAGUGGUGGUGAAGGUGAUGGCAAGGGCGGCGGUCAUCAUGGCCAUGGCUAUGACCAUGACCAUGACAUUAUUGGGAAGGGAAAAGGGAAGCAGAAGAGUAGUGGUGGUAGCAGCAAAAGGGAUCUCCUAAUGAUGAGGGGGGCUGCUAUCUGAUCAUGGUCAUGACAACGUACUUACUCCAAUCACCGAAUCACUGGGUUUGAUGUUAGUCGAAGGAAAAAGAUGAGAGAAGAAACGUCAGAACCUACGGAAAGUCCAUGGAAUGGCCUUGGUAGAUAAAGAGGAGUUUGGGUAUGGGAGACAUCACGGCGUCAUGGUUAUGGAAUAGUAACAGCAAUGCAUGACAAGGACUUGUUUGAGUGACACACCACUAUGACUUAAUAUACGUAUAUCCUGUUGGCUGCUGUUUGUUAG